AUGGAAGCUGAGGCGAACGAUCAGGUUAUCACUGAUUUUCUGAUGAUUGAUUUGCCGAGCUUUGAUGCAGUAUUUGGAAUGGAAUGGUUGGGGUCAUUCUUUGCCACCAUCGAUUGUCGCCAUAGAAGUGUGGUAUUUGAGAUACCGGAUCACCCGAUGUUUGAAUUUCUCAGUGGCAGUACAUCGGUUGGACCGGUAGAGUACAGAGCUAGACCAAAGAAGGCGAUAUUAACUGCCAUGCAGGUGGAACCUGAGAAGGCAAUUGUAGUUUGGGAAUUUGAGGAUGUGUUUCCUGAUGACAUUUACGGGUUGCUACCGGACCGAGCGAUUGAGUUUUCCAUAGAACUGAAGCCUGGAACUGCUCCGAUCUCCAAGACCCCUUAUCGUAUGCCUCCGGCUGAGUUGGCCGAGCUUUGA